GGCUACUCAGCAAUCAAUAUGGCGGCCGGUAAGAACAUGCCGGCUUUCCGAUCAUUCUCUUACCUUUAGUGGUUUCUCAGACAUGGAAAUAAAAAUUUGUAUCAGUGUUUUUCUACGCUAAUGCCGGAGAAAGUGAAUAUCAUAGAAUGGAAUCAGCUAGAAAAAAGGAAGUAUUAUUUGUUUCUGAAUGUUUACGCAUUGGGCACAAAUGCUGUAACAUACCCUAUCGAUGUCAUCAAAACCAGACUUCAACUCCAGCGCACGAAAUGUCUUUACAGGAACACGUUCGAUGCUAUUUACAAGACCGUGAAACACGAAGGAUUCCUGGGGCUGUACAAAGGUUUCACCAUAAGCCAAGUCAGUAUCCUCACAGGGCAUGUGUACGCCACAAGUUACGAGAUUUCCCGAGAACAGUUCCCCACACUCCAGAACGCAGUCCGUGGCUUUAUCGCUGGUGGACUCGCUGCAGUUGUGGAGCAGACAUUUAGCAAUCCAAUCGACGUUAUAUCUCAGCGUCUGAUGGUCGAAGGACAAGGACAGCGGAAGAAACAAUUAAACACUCUUAAGUCUCCGAAAAUUGUUAGAAAGGUUUUGAAACAACACGGAGUCGCUGGUUUUUAUCGAGGUUUUGCUGCGGCUAUACUUGUAGAGGGGAUCUGGAGUGCAAGCUGGUGGGCGUCUUAUGGUAUGUCCUUGGAAUUGAUUGGUAAAGUGGCUCCUGAUGGGACUUCACAUUUUGUCAUACAAGGAGUUUCUGGAAUGUUAUCUGGAAUAAUCGCAACUGUGAUUGGGAAUCCAUUAGACAUUGUUAAAGUUAGACUUCAGGUAGGUGAAGUUCUUUGCCAACUUCAUGUAUCGAGGGUACUGACUUGAACAGGUGCCUCUCACUGUGUUACAACAUUUUGGUUCAGUCCAAAGUAGGCUAAGGGUGGCAAUCUCUUUUCCCCUCCUCAAUCAUUUUUUUCCAGCCAAUUUAAAUACAGUAAAAACCCGCAACCAAGAACCUACAUUUUUAGGAGUUAGCCUAAACAGGUUUUUAUAUAAAUGGUAGUUAACAGAAUUUUAGGCUAUUUAGGUUCUUAAGAUAGGUUCUUAAUCCUGGAGAAAAAACAAUUAAAACACAGAACUAGCUUUAAUGCAUAAUGGUGUGCUGAUCUACAUAUUGCUUAGUAUGCUUUGUAAGUCUACAUAUCUUGCACUCAUUUUUCUUUAAAAAACAUUUUUACAACAAUGGCAAUCUGCUUUUUUUGCUUCAAAUAUGAUUCUUGCAAUGCAGCUGUAAUGGUGCAAUAAGGGAAAGUUCAUUUAAUAUGACAAGGGGGGGGGGGGAUGAAGAUAUUGAAACUCGAAGUUUGAAAUUUUAGCAGCCCCCCUCGCUAGCAGUUCAAUUUUUUAGGAGCCCCCUCCUUGGUAGUCGAAAAAAUUUCAGAGCCCCCCCCCCUCCUCCUUCAAUUCCUUUGCUCCCCUGAAAAAAGAUCGCUAGACUGUAUUAAAUAUAUUUACGGUUAUUGUCUUCAAUGGUUUAUACUAUGACAAACUUGAGAUACAGUUGUGAUACAAUUUUCUAAAGCAUUUUUGGGAUGAACAAGAGUGUAAUAAUUACUGAGACUACAUUUGUUAUAUCUGUAAACCACGUGAUAUAGCUGAGUUGCACAGGUCAUUAAAUUGUUGAGUUGAAAACCAUCCGAUCUGUAUGAUGAUGUCAUGUGUUGGUUUUGAAGUAUACAAAUUUUCGGAGCACCCCCUCCUAGCGCAACAAUUUUUUCAGAGCCCCCCCUUCGGUGUCUAAAAAUUUUCGGAGCCCCCCCUAAAUAUCUUCAUCCCCCCCCUUGUCAUAUUAAAUGAACUUUCCCUAAUUACGUUAGUGAUUCUUGCUAAUUACGAAUCGAUCAUGUGACAUCGUUCAGCUUAUCCAAUAAUCUCCCAGCUGCGUCUGUCGGUCAGUCAUAAGCUCGUUGUCAAAGGGCAAGCACGCUAUUGAGAGGGCGUGAUUUCCUAGUAUGAUUUUAGAAAAUAAAUUUCUUAGGCUAAAUAGGUUCUUGUUUAUAGGGGGUAUAAAUGACCAAUUUUAGGCUAACAGGUUCUUAAUUUUUAGGUUCUUAGUUGCGGGUUUUUACUGUACAGAAGACUCAUUUUGGAGGCCCUGUUAGUGGGGUUAAGUAUGUCCCUAGUCAAUUUCAAAACCUGUCAUUUUUUGUAUGGAGGAGGAAGCCAUGUUGCAUUCGGUAUUUUACUAUUGCAGAGAUGCCAACCACUGGAGAACUUAAAUCUGGAGAUUCUCUUUUUUUCACUACCCCCUCCCCCCGCUGCCCUUCCCCCACCAAAUUGUCCCAGCCCCCAAUGGAAUGACUAAGGACAUUAUAUGAAGUCUUACAUAUAAAGUACAUGCUAUCAAAAUUCGCAAAUCAUCGUUUUGAUGCCAGAAAUAAUCUUUGUCACUUUGUCAGUGACUAAAUACGUGCAAUUUGCUCCAAAAAAACUGUACUGUGAACAAGAUAAAAUCAAGUUUUGAACUUAAAAUGGGCUAAAUCUCAAAACUAUAAAGGCACAGAAAAGCUCAGAAGAUGAUUUUAUCGGCAAGAUUUGGUGACCCAUACAGGAGAGGGCGAGAUCGGUGCCAUAUCCGGGAGACUCCCAGGUAAUCCGGCAGAGUUGGCAUGUAUGCUAUAGUAUUUUGGCUUUUCUCAGUCCCUGUUGCAGUUUUAACCUAUCUUUCUGUCGUUUUUCGCCAUUUCUACUGCCCCAUGUUGCUGUUUCAAGGCCAUGCUGCUUAUUGGAAAUUUACACUCACAGGGCCUCAUUUUGGGGGUAAAAAAUGUGCAAAUGAAUUGUAGACAAGGCCUUUCUUUCUUUCUUACUUAUGAUGAUCGCUUACUGGAAACAAUUUUCAACUUGCUUGCAUGUUUCUCUAGCCACUGUACUACCUCUGAGAAGAAAAAAAAUGUAGCCUAUAUACUAUUCUGAUCUAGGGUAAUUGCAGUCUUCCUUUUAGAGCAUGUUGGGACAGAAAUGCUUUUAGACAAGAGGGGGUUGGGGGGGGGAGAUAAGAAAUGAUGGACUAUUGCCUCUUUUGGGGUAAACAAAGUCUCCACCAGCCCAGAUAUGGAGUAACUGACAUUAAUUUACCUGAUUGGACUUGUUUUAUCAUUAGAAUUUCUUAAAUGCUUUUUUUGCUAUUUUUAGGUGGAAGGUAGAAAAUCUUUUUGGAAAACGCUCAAGAAUUUGUUGACAAAGGAAGGACCCAUGGCUUUAACAAAAGGAAUGUUUGCUAGUGCUCUAUCUGAAGUACCGUGCAGUGCUGUUACAAUAUUAGGUUAUGAACUGGUUAAGAAACUAAGUUUGAAAGAGGAUAUCAUAUUUGAAUAACAGAAUAUUGGUAGGUUUUGUUAUGAGUCGUGAUUUUAACCAUCAACCAAAAAGCUUUCAGUUGAUGCCACAGUAAUAUUGUAAAGCAAUGUUAGAGUUAUUGGGGAACAAGUUGAGGACAGUGAGUAAAUAUUAAGUGAAGGAGUGUAUGAAAUAAAGCCUUACCACAAUGAUAGGUAUGCUCUUUUUCUGAUAAGCACAUUAACGUUCUGUUGGCAAUAUAGUUUUUGUAGUAAAGCACUUAUUCCACACGCCUUAAAUUACAUUUUAACCUUUGUAUCAUUCAUACAUUUAAAAAUUUAAUUUGAUUUUGGAUUUACAGAGCAUCACAAAAAAUAAGUAUAAUAAUAAUACUAAAAAUCAAUUAGAGCUCACUGUAUAGAUAAAAAACACGAGCAUGAUUCAGUCAAACAGACCGGAGAGAAACGAAAAAAAAAAACAGACACACACACACAACACAAACGAACAAAAAGAUGUUAAGUUGAUCAGAAAAUUCCUGUUUAAAUCUUGUUCUAGUACCCACCCGUAUUUUCUUUGAAAUAACCUCGUGAAUCUCGGAAUUUUUUAAAAAACCUAAAUAAACCGAAAUGAGGCCGAGUAAAAGCUCAGCAAUGGAAAAAACGUAGAGAAAAUGCAAAAGAAGAGGCAAGGAGAGCUUCAGAAGCCGCAAUUUAGCGUCAGGAAACGGAAGGCAGCUUAGUCUUUUCAAUUGUAACGACGUUUUGGGCAGUCUGGAUCCUUUUUCGCCAGAAAGUGACUGGAAAACGGUUCGACAGCUUGAAACGGCGUUUUCGGCAAAAUUUCGGGGCUGGAAUGGGGUUACUGUAAUUGCUGUAAUUACAUUAUUGCAUCAUUUGAUGACGUAACAAUGACGUAAAACUAGCGCGUGAACAGUUUUUAUUGUUCCCUUCUUAAUGCCCGAAGAAGUGAAACAGGUAGAAUGGCAGCACAUUGACAAACUUACAUACUACACUUUAGGUAGCGCCUUCUUCAUUGCUAUCAACGCCGUCUUAUACCCUACAGACGUGAUAAAAACACGUCUUCAAGUUCAGAGAACGAAUGCCUUGUACAAAGGGACGUUUGAUGCUUUAUUUAAAACUCUUAAAUCCGAAGGACUAAAAGGACUUUACAAAGGAUUCUUGGUCAGUCAAUUAUCUGUUUUAGCGGGGCAUUUUUACGUGACAAGCUAUGAAGUUUCGCGUUCAAAAAUGUCCUUCCUUAACGACGGUUCUCGCGGGUUUGUCGCCGGUGGUUUUGCUGCUAUUAUGGAGCAGUUUUUAGCCAAUCCCAUCGAAGUAGUGUCACAGAAGCUAAUGAUACAAGGACAAGGAGAAACCAAGGCAAAACUUAAAGGUGCAGCUCACAUCUCCAUUGACGUGUUUAAGGAUCAAGGAGUGAGGGGCUUUUACCGAGGAUUCCUUGCGUCUUUGUUGACAGGGGCCCUAGGGAGCGCGGUGUGGUGGGGCUCAUAUGGUGUUUACUUGGACGUGAUUGGGCAUUAUGCACCUGAUGGUUCAUCCCAUCUACUGAUUCAGAGUAUGUCUGGUGGGCUCUCAGGAUUGAAUGCCGCUGUUGUUGGAAAUCCUUUUGACAUAGUUAGAACGAGACUGCAGGUACUGUGAAACUGAAAUGUGUGGCCCACGACAAGCUAGUACGGUUACAAUUGAAAUCUUUAAUUAAGAUGAUUGCCCAGUAGCGUCCUAAUACUUUGCGGGCUGUUUGUGAGAUCCGGAAGUCAUUUUAAUCACUGGGGCGUGCAAACUUAAAUCGAUUAUGUUAAGAAAAUUACAAAGGUCAGCUUUGAUACAGGUAGUUUUCCCGGGCGGCGAAUAGCUAUUUUUCGGAGGGAGAGAAGCGACGACCGGAAAUGCGUCUGCUGUUCGCAGUACGCGCCUUGGACUCCUUUAAAUUAAAAUGCCAUGUAGAUAUGGCUGGCCUAAAUCCUCCUUAGCAACUCGUUUGGUGUCACUGGCGUUUUUCCUGGGUCGCACCUUACACUACUAGUAGUAAAACCUCGCUAGAACUCAAUUCAAAGUCCCCGCUAUUUCGAAGGAAGAUUUUUGGAUUUACCCUUCCCUUUGUGUCGCACCCCGGGUAUUUCGAACUUUUUUUCACUACUUCGAAAUAGUUCGAUUUUUUAUUUCUCCAUAGAUUGAACAAGUUUACAGAAACGAAUAAUUAAAUAACAAAUAACUCAAGAGAAAAAGGGCAAAAAGAGUAAAACUAAUACAUUACCCUAACUCAUUGAGGUGACGAAUUUUUUAAAGUUAUCCGCUGACAUGACCAGUUAUUGGUUUUUAAUUGAUCGUGGGUUCAGGUCCAUUUUUUAAAGGUAGGAAUUCAGUUUGCUCUCUGCUUGCGGCAAAAGUUGAAUUGCUUGAGAAAGAUAUUUCUUGAAAGAUCACUUGAGGGCUUCACUUUUGGCCUUGGCUAAAUCUAUAUAUAAGAACGGAUUAAAAGAGAGGCUGUAUUCACAUUUUGAUAUUGAUCCAAAAUUCUAUAUUAUUUUGCUGAAACAAAUGAAUGUAUACACCUUAUUUGCAUGAAGCUGUUAUAAGGGAGUUAACUAAAAGUGAAGGAUCAGAUAGUUCUCUGCGGUCCUGUAAAGACCAGUUUGGAUUAUUUCCGCCAAAAUGCUUCAAAGUGCUGGCAGUUACCAAGUCUUCCACGGGGCCGUUAGGACUCGUGUCGCAAGGCUCCUCCGACUCAAAAAUGGUAGACUAGCAGCAGGGGCGUAGCCAGGAUUUUUCAAAGGGGGGGGUCACUGCAGGGACACCAUCCGGAGAUCGCCGACUAUAUAUGGUUUAUACCGCUGCUCUCCCUGGUGUAUCAGCAGGCUCAGUCGUAUUAUCGCGGCAUGAAGGCCCAUAUUAACUUAAGAUAAGAGCCGUUGACGAAAAUACUUUACGAAAAACCAAAUUUUAAAAAAGUGGGCUUUUCAACAAUGGCUUUUACGGCCAAGAUAUUGUCAUGGCGUUUUCGCCACCUGAAUAUUGUAGGUUGUUUGCUCAAAAGAAGGCCUACCAAGGGGGGGUCACGGGCACCCCAGGACCCCCCUAGCUACGCCCCUGUAGCAGUGCUACUUAUUUUGAUUCAGUGGCUUUUUUUAAGUCACAUGUACUCAAAAUGUUUAUUCUGAAUCAAUUAUUCCAGCGAAACCUGAUCAAUUAAUUGAUCUCGUGAAGUCGAACUAAAAGCUAAAGUUUUUAUUCUUUCAGGUUGAAGGUGGAAAAUCAAUGACAAGAACGUUUCAAGAUCUUAUAAAGAAAGAGGGUUCCAGGUCUUUAGGAAAAGGAAUGCUUGCUAGUAUCACGUCAUGGGUAACUUCAAGUAUCAUCAUGAUUGCUGCAUAUGAAACAGUCAAGAAACUCAGCCUAAAUAAGGAUGCCAUUCACUUGUUCACGUAG